AUGCCAGGUAAUGAUACUCAUACACCUAAUCUUGUUACUACACCUAUUGUCACUCCUAAUACCUCUACAAUCCCCACUACUGAAACAAACCAUAUUAUCACAAGGUCCAAGAAUAAUAUAUUCAAGCCAAAAAGGAUGUACACUGCAUCAAAACAUCCUCUACUUGAGAAUUUGGAACCUUCAAACUUUCGUGAGGGAAUGAAACACGCCCAUUGGCGUAAGGCAAUUGCCGAUGAAUUUGAAGCAUUAGUAAGAAAUGGCACAUUCUCCCUUGUACCACCUAAGGCAAGGCAAAACAUUGUUGGAUGUAGAUGGUUACUUCGUAUCAAGAGAAAUAGUGAUGGUUCCAUAGCUCGCUACAAGGCACGUCUUGUUGCCAAGGGUUUCACACAAUGUCCUGACAUUGACUUCAAGGAGACAUUCGCAACAGUUGUUCGCCCAUAA